GAGAUUCGCAACAACGAGGUACUUGAACCACCAUGACCGUGGCUAGUGGAAACACUGGACUGCUGUCUUCUUGAUGGACGAGCUGCACGAUAGACAGACAUUUUUCCUACCGCCGGCCAAGCAGCAUGCACAGUAGCCGCGGGCCACAAGAGCUCGUGCUACCCGCAACAGCGGCUCCAAAGCCAGGAGUGCAGAAGAAGAUUCCGGCGAAGAAGCAAAAAAAGAGCAGUGGGCAAGGUUUGAAAAAGUCUGCUGCACAGCAAGCCACUGGCAAGACGUAUAUACAUGCGCGCCCUCCAUCCAGCCUUCCGUCAACAGCGACAUCUCAUCAAGGCGCCAUGCAACAACACACGGCUUCGCUAUGUCAGCAAAAUGAUGGUGACCUCCAAAAACGCCUUCCCAGCGAUGCCUCUGCUCGAGAAAAGAGGCCUUGUGCUCAUUUGGCAGCGCGCGGUAUCUGCUCCACCCCAGCCUUGCACAUCACUAGAAAUAGUAGGCACGCGCUCUUCGCACCGUCCGUGACUGUGCCGUGUUGCACCGUGCCAGGAGCGGCAAGUUCUAGGACUGGCCAGGCGGCAGACAGCCUCGUCCCAGAAGAUAUCUACGCCGACGCCAGCGCAGCAGCGGCACGGCUACGGCGGCUGGACAGCAAAGGCCAGGUGUGUAGGCGAGGGCGAUGGUGGAGCGCGUUGUACGUGCAAGAGUGUGUUGUGAGUGUGUUGUCGAAUUCAUAUACUUCCUUGAGUUCCGGGGCAGUUAUUCCGUGGUAUACAUGGUAUAAAAACGGCACCUACAGAGCACCCUCGGAUGCAGCCACCGCAGCUGCAGUCUGAAGUACCCAUAUUGUAUACGGUACAGUAUGAGGUAGGUCGACAAACCAGAAAACUAGGGACUGCGGCGCAACAACGACCAAAUUCCUCUGCUCUUGUCGGCGAGUUCUUUCUUCCCGGAAUCUCAAGCCGCACACAAGAUCUCGAUAACGAUGUACAUACAUUUUCGGAGACGCGGACGUUUGUCAUGGAAGCGUGAUGACGACUGUCGUUAUUCUGUUUGAACAAGACCUAAACACGACCACUCAAUCACAAACAAAUUGCAGGACC